AACUUUGUUGUGCAAAGUAGCCUGAAAGAGUGAUCUGAUCAUUGGAGAGGGUUUUGAGGAAGAGAGAGAGAGAGGUAUUGGAAAUUGAGGGGGAGGUGAUGGCAAGCACUGCGGGUAAAGUCAUCAAAUGCAGAGCGGCGGUGUCUUGGGAGGCGGGGAAGCCGCUGGUGAUGGAGGAGGUGGAGGUUGCGCCGCCGCAGGCGAUGGAGGUUCGGUUGAAGAUCCUUUAUACUUCGCUCUGCCAUACCGAUGUCUACUUCUGGGAAGCUAAGGGCCAGACUCCUGUCUUUCCUCGGAUCUUUGGCCAUGAAGCUGGAGGGAUAGUAGAGAGUGUUGGGGAGGGUGUGACUGAGCUUGCACCCGGAGACCAUGUCCUUCCUAUAUUCACUGGAGAAUGCAGAGAUUGUGCUCACUGUAAGUCCGAGGAGAGCAACAUGUGUGAUCUCCUCAGGAUAAACACAGACCGUGGAGUGAUGAUCCAUGACGGGAAAUCGAGGUUCAGUAUCAAGGGAAAACCCAUUUACCAUUUCUUAGGAACAUCCACCUUCAGCGAGUACACAGUCGUCCAUGUCGGCUGUGUUGCCAAGAUCAACCCCUUGGCUCCCCUUGAUAAGGUUUGUGUUGUUAGCUGUGGCAUUUCAACAGGGUUCGGUGCGACUGUUAAUGUAGCAAAACCACCAAAGGGUUCGACAGUGGCUAUUUUUGGUUUGGGAGCUGUAGGUCUUGCUGCUGCAGAAGGAGCUAGAGCUUCAGGAGCGUCAAGGAUCAUUGGUGUUGAUGUGAACCCCAAGAGGUUUGAGGCAGCAAAGAAUUUUGGUUGCACGGAGUUUGUGAAUCCAAUGGACUAUGACAAACCACCCCAAGAGGUGAUUGCUGAGAUGACUAAUGGUGGAGUUGAUCGAAGCGUUGAAUGCACCGGCAACAUAAAUGCCAUGAUAUCUGCAUUUGAAUGUGUUCAUGAUGGUUGGGGUGUUGCUGUACUGGUUGGGGUGCCUCACAAAGAAGCUGAGUUCAAAACCCAUCCUAUGAACUUCCUCAACGAGAGGACUCUUAAGGGAACCUUCUUUGGAAACUAUAAACCGCGCUCUGACAUUCCUUCGGUCGUUGAGAAGUAUAUGAACAAGGAGCUAGAAUUGGAGAAAUUCAUCACUCACAGUGUACCUUUCUCCGAGAUCAACAAGGCCUUCGAUUUGAUGCUCAAGGGGGAAGGCCUUCGGUGCAUCAUUCGCAUGGAGGGUUAGAGCAGGUUUACACCUUUCUAAAGCCACUCUGGAGAGAAAGAAACUGCAACAUGAAGAAUGUCCUAUGCCAUGCUAAUCUUAGCUUUCCCUUUGUGUUUGAAAUAAAAUAGGCAACUGAGCCUGACUGUGAGAUGAGCUCAGUCCUUAUCUUUUAUGCUAGUUGAAUAAAAUUUGGGUCGCAUAAUCUCUUUGUCUGUAAUUCGCUUGCCUUUUGUUUCUUACGCGAUGUGAGCUUCUUCUGGAGAUUAUGGGGAGACAGUUAUCUGUUCUCAUUUGCUGCAGCUCUUUCUCCUC